GAACUGAGCCCACAUGCCGGCCUAUCCUGGAUUAGAACGACUCUGAAGCUGUUGUGGAAUCAUGCCGAUGCGUGGAAUGGGUCCCGACGGCGCUGUUAUCGGACCAAUUGAGACAUUGCCAUUCGAAGGGGAAGGCCUAGACGGUGAGGGGUAUAUAUUAAGAGCUUGAGGAGCCCCUCCAAGCUUCCCGUCCCCCAGUCUCCGGUUCUUUGUCAAAGCAAUUGAGCUUCACCUUCCUUCAAUUGUCAGAUUUGAAACUUAGAGCUUCGAUCGUCGCCAUGGCUCCCAAGAUUGCGAUUGUUUACUACUCGAUGUACGGCCACAUCAGGCAAUUGGCCGAGGCCGAGAAGAAGGGAAUUGAAUCCGCCGGCGGAACCGCGAAGCUUUUUCAGAUCCCAGAGACUCUUCCCGACGACGUCCUUGCCAAGAUGCAUGCCCCUCCCAAGCCCACCGACGUCGACGUCCUAAGCGACCCGGGCGACCUCGAGCAAUUCGACGCUUUCCUCUUCGGUAUCCCAACCCGAUACGGUAACUUCCCCGCGCAAUGGAAGACUUUCUGGGACAAGACGGGUAAGCAGUGGUCGACGGGCGGCUUUUGGGGCAAAUAUGCCGGGCUGUUCGUGUCCACUGCUGGCCUUGGUGGAGGCCAGGAGUCUACUUGCAUUGCUGCGAUGUCGACUUUGGCCCACCAUGGCUUCCUCUACGUGCCGUUGGGCUACAAGACUGUUUUUGCUGAACUCACCAACGUCAACGAGGUUCACGGCGGCUCUCCAUGGGGUGCCGGUACUUUCGCUGCAUCUGACGGCUCGCGCCAGCCCACUGAUCUCGAGAAGAGUAUAGCUGAAGCUCAGGGCAUGGCGUUCUAUGAGGCCGUGGCCAAGGUCAACUUCGCGUGACUAGAUGGCUCGAAGGCGGAAAAGGUGGUGCAAACAAAACCAGCAGAAAAUGGAUCUAAGGCGGCUCCAGCACAAGAAACUACAUCACUAGCACCGCAGCAGAAAGAGCACAAGGAUAAGGAGGGUCCGUGUGGGCUGCCUGCUAAGUGCAAUAUUCUGUGAUUUUGUCUGUUCAAGCCAGAUAUCAAAAAGCAUGUUCCAGAUCUGUCAUGUUUGCCCAAUGUCCCGUUUCUCAUAUCCGAGUGGUGCUACUCCUUGUGGAUAGCCGUCUAUUGCCCCCUUAAUAUAAGUACGAAUCGAGCAUGUUAUAAAAGCCUCUUUACUAUACCCAACGAGGC